AAAUCAUCAACUUGAUUACUGGAGUGUGCAUUCUUUGAAAGCCGUGCAAAGCUGAGCGAAUCGCGUUAUGGAUCUUGGGGCACUGAAACCGCAAAUCGCUUGGUUCAUUACGACGAAGAAGAUUCAGCAAUCCCACAUAGCCAAACGUCAUACCAUCCCUUCCAGAGGAUGCAAAGGCGAGUGUUCACCAUGACCUUGGUAUUUAUUCCCAGACAUCUUUACAAUGACUCCUAGUAUAGGGGAGUACGAUAUGCCAGGAGGUAAGCCAACAGACGAGUCUUCAAACACCAACGGGAAACGCGACUCUGUGGGCAUUAGGGUUCAUGAACCACCCAGAUGCUUGCAGCACUCUCAGGGCCCUUCAAGCAGAGAAGAGAUCGCUGAGCUAGUACGCGUAAGUCCCACAAAGUUGAGCAGCUUGUAACAGCGCUCGGAUACCGAGGACGAAGUCAUCACGUGCC